CUUUAGGGCUAAUGGUAUGGAUACUGAAUUGCAGUGAUGUGUCUUGUCUUUAGCUUCAAUGGCGAAGGGCAGUUUCGUCAUAAAAUUACGCCAUUAUUUAAACUCGGUCCAAUGCUUAUGGUCUUCCUUUCACUGAAGCUUUGAAUUACCGAGAUUUUUCCUUCCUUUGCGGGUUUUGAUUUUGAGAUCUUGACCUGUCGGUACCGCCUUCUUCCGCCGCCUGCAAACGCCGUCUUCUUUCAUCUCUCAGACUAGUUAACUGUGCCAUUAAGAGGGUUGAAGGUAUCAGAGAACAGUGUGAUGGUUAGAGCAUACUCUCAGGAGUACACUUACAAGCACCCGUGGGAACGGGUCACUUGUGCAUCUUGGCGCAAAUUUACCGACCCCGAAAACAAGCGUACAUUAUCCCAUAUUCUUGAAGUAGACACCUUAAACAGAAAGGUUGACCCAGAAUCCGGGAAGCUAUAUACAACCCGUGCUAUUACCAUCCAUGCCCCUGGACCAUGGUUUAUCCGUAAGAUCGUUGGUCAGGAUAUCUGCCACUGUGUGGAAUCCACAGUUGUAGAUGCUUGGUCGCAAUCGAUGCAACUCACCACUCGGAAUAUCAGUCUCCAGAAAUUCAUAGAAGUGGUGGAGAAAAUCAGGUAUGACCCUCACCCAGAUAAUCCGAACGGAUGGACAAUUUGCAGACAGGAGACGAGCAUUCGAAUCAAGCCAUUGUCAGCACUCGCAUCGAUGGCUGAAAAAGUCGAGCAACGGUGCGCAGAGAGGUUUGUGCAGAACAGUGUCAAGGGUAGAGAAGUGAUGGAGAGGAUUUGUAAGUAUCUUGAAGCUGAAUCUAGCGGCCUCACAAUCUAACUUUUACAAGUUCGAAGUGAUCUGUGAGAAUAUGGGCUAUUUCUAGAGCUGUUCUCUUCACAAUAAUUCUCAAGGAGAAACAGAGAACAUCAUGUUAAGAUUCUCCCCAAAUUUUGAUAAAUAUGAGAUUUGAUUAUAUGGAA